AUGACGUCAACCAUUUGGCAAUUUCAAACCGCAAUUUCUUGGGUUUCGCGAACUAUGUCGUUCGUUCGAAGAAUGUUUGGUUCGAAACCUGCAAUAAAGAAAGCGUCCUCGGCUACGGCCAACCUUUCAGGCGAUCCGAAACCAGACGUGGUUGUAGACGAUUCACAGUUUGAUAUUGUCGACGCUGAUUUGAUUGACGUGUUCCGACUCGAGAAGAAAAUUGGCCUGAAAAAGGAGGAUUUGAACACUAAAUUCAAGAAAUAUGUAAAGCAAGAAAAGAAGAUGGUCAAGCUACAAAAACACGUCAUUCAAAUGGACAAAGAAUUGAACGAACUUCGUCGAAUGUUACGUCAGAUAGACCUGAAGAAAAAUGCUUUGGAAGCGGAAGUAGAAUGCAAAAGAGACGAAAUCAAAGAACUUUCAAUUGAAGAAAAAUAUGAACUAGAAACAGACAUCAAGAGAAAAGAACUACAACUGUUUAAGAAAUAUCAAAACAUUAAAACCAAGGCAGACGCCAAAUCUUUACUCGCUACACUCAAAUCAAGGCAGACAACUCUACAAAAUCUGGAGGUGUUGACUUUCCGGAAGUACCUCCGCAACGAAUAUGAAACCCACAAAAACUCGACACUUAAAAGCCCGAGGGGUCCAAAGACUCCACCCAAGAAAACCAAACGUGCCAGUUUGCACACAAGAUUCCAUCAACCUGGAAAUUUCCAAAAUCGUUUCGAAUAUCCAGUGGCUGAUAGUUACACAGGAUAUCAACUGUUCGGUGCAGCUGGAAGUCUGAGUGGUGUUAAUACGCAUGCGCCUAUUGAGUUACAUCCAGAAAUACCCAGCUUUAGUGACCUUGACCUAGACGUAGAUGAUCAUGUGACGGAUGAAUAUGAGGAAGUAGACGGUUGGGAUGGUUUAACGCCGUUGUUCAGUGACGUGUAG